CGCUUUAAUGUACUAUGCAGUGUAAACCGUGAAGUCAGUGUUGGCCGUUCGGGCACUUGUUAGUCGUUACAGUUGUUACGAUUUUUUUUUUUUUUCUUCGCCGCCGCAGUUUUAUCUGCCACCGUUCCUAUACAAACACAACCCAAUCUGGCAGGUUCAUUAAUCAUUUGACAUUUAAUAUUCAGUGUUCACUAUUCGUCCCGUUUGUUAUCAUGUCUGUGGUGCGCGGGUAACACAGUAACGGUGUAUAAUAUUAUCGCGAGUCGGUGUCGGUGCUUUUACAAACACGUACGAGUGCGCGUCCUGAAUACCCAUUUUCGUUUAUGCAAAUCGGCUGAUCAUGCUGGGCUGGCUGAGGAAAGAUGAUAACAAAAAGAUCGAGACGUACGAGUCCGUCCUGGACGGGCUUCGGGAGAAGUAUAAGUCCAAACUAUUGCCCCUGGAACUGGCGUAUCAGUUUCACGAUUUCCACUCACCCCAGCUGGACGACCCCGACUUCGAUGCCAAGCCAAUGAUACUGCUGGUCGGCCAGUACUCUACGGGAAAGACUACUUUCAUCAAACACCUUUUAGAAUCCGAUUUUCCGGGCAUCCGUAUUGGACCCGAACCCACCACCGACCGUUUCAUAGCUGUCAUGUACGAUGACAAUGAAUCGAUUAUUCCAGGCAACGCGUUGGUAGUAGACCCAAAACGACAAUUCAGACCUCUGUCGAAAUUCGGCAACGCAUUCCUCAAUCGGUUUCAGUGUUCUUUAGUAAAUUCACCCGUUCUAAAGGGUAUCUCAAUAGUUGAUACACCUGGUAUUUUAUCGGGGGAAAAACAGAGAGUAGACAGAGGAUAUGACUUCACCGGCGUAUUAGAAUGGUUUGCUGAGCAUGUAGAUAGAAUUAUUUUGCUGUUUGAUGCUCACAAGUUGGAUAUAUCAGAUGAAUUCCGUAGAUCAAUAGAAGCACUUAGAGGCCACGAUGAUAAAAUUAGAAUUAUUUUAAAUAAAGCUGAUAUGAUUGAUCACCAACAACUGAUGCGUGUUUACGGAGCACUGAUGUGGUCCUUAGGAAAAGUUCUACAAACUCCCGAAGUAGCCAGGGUUUAUAUUGGAUCAUUUUGGGACAAACCAUUACGAUAUGACGGAAACAGAAGAUUAUUUGAAGACGAAGAACAAGACUUGUUCAAGGACCUGCAGUCUUUGCCGGGAAACGCGGCACUAAGGAAACUAAACGAUUUGAUAAAGCGCGCAAGAUUAGCCAAAGUUCACGCUUAUAUAAUCAGCGCGUUACAUAAAGAAAUGCCCGCUCUUUUUAGAAGAGAUGGAAAAAAAAAAGAAUUGAUCAAAAACCUUGGCACUAUUUACCAAAAUAUCCAGAAAGAACAACAGAUUUCGCCCGGAGAUUUUCCUGAUCUAAAAAAAAUGCAGGAUGUACUGGUGAAUUUAGAUUUUAGUAAAUUCCAAAGUCUUAAACCGCAUCUGUUAGAAGAAGUUGAUAAAAUGCUUGCCAACGACAUUGCCAAGUUGAUGGCCAUGAUUCCUUUACAGGACAUGCAAAAUCGUAAGAUGAACAAUGGAGACGCCGAACAGCAGCAGCAGCAGCAGCAAGCGGUAGUCAAAGGCGGCGCAUUUGUGAGCGUCCAGGACACAGCAAGCCCGUUUGGGUACAAGAGGGGAGAGGGUAUCGACGCUGGCAAGGGCGAAACAGGUUGGGUGGUGGCCAAGGAACGGCAGAAAUACGACGCGGUGUUCAAUACGCUGGAAAAGUCCGACGGAAAACUGUCGGGAGCAGUGGCCAAAGCGGAAAUGAUUAAAUCGAAACUACCCAACUCUGUGCUAGGCAAAAUAUGGAAUUUGUCGGACAUCGACCACGAUGGUUUCCUGGACAUAGACGAGUUCGCGUUGGCAAUGCAUCUGAUACAAGUGAAGCUGGGCGGACACGAUUUGCCCGUCAAAAUACCCGAUCACUUAGUUCCUCCUUCAAAACGGGACGUUUAGUGAUAGACGAAAAAACAGGAAUCCUAUUAUGUAUAUUAUGUAGACACAACACCAAAACGCGAAAAAAUAUCGUUCUCGACUGUACAAUUAAUAUUAUAUAUAUAUAUAUAUUUAUAUCAUUUAUACAAUACGAUUUUUGUGUAUAUUAUAUAUUAUGGAUGUAUCGUGUACGUUAAUUAAUUUAUAAAUUUUUAUAGUCAAUCGAACGAAAUGCGUAGCACAAAGUACUUCCCCCCCUAAGUCCCGGCCACUCAAAAUUCGUCGCUUGCAGCGAGCUUAAACGAAAUAAUAACACACGUUAUAAUCACCGAACGGUAACUGAAUAAAUUAUUUGAUAUAAAUACAUAUUUUAGGUAAUGAUUUUAUAAUUUAGAAUACUUUACUAUACACUUACGGUAUGAUGAAAAAGUGUUGCUUUUUUGUUGUUUUUGCGGCAUUUAAUUUUUGUAUCAACAUCGCAAGACCAUGUGAUAUUUAUUAUUUAUUAUAUACUUAAAAUGAGAAGAAAAUGUCAAUUUUGUUCAAUCAUUGAUAAAUUAUACGCUAUUUUAAUGUAGAUUAUACGAUGUAAAUUAAAUUAUUAUUUUGUACUACUCGACAGACUUAAUAUUAUCGUCCAAAGUGUUUUUGCCCAUACAACAUACAUACACGGUGUCAGCAGAGACCAAUAAUAAUAUAAUAUAUUUUUUUUUUAUAUACAUAUUAUAUAUUGUAACAAGUAAACUACCACUUUAUACCUAGUUAAAUUAUAUUUUUAUUGUAUUUAAUAAAUAUUUAUGUAAUUUAUCUUAAAGAAAUGUAUUUAAUUUAUAUUUCUUGUUACACAUGUUUUUGAAUUUUAUUAUAUAUUUUUGAAAUUAAA